AUGUCGCAUAUGGGCGAGGACGAGGUCGCGGUCACACAGGGAAGCGCAGAUGGUGUACAUGGAGCUGGCACCUUGGUGGAGGACGUGCACACGGCCAAUGGUCCCUACACAGAGGU